GAUAAUUCAACUGAAUCGUUCUAAACUUCCGCGUUUCAUUUUACUUCAUUUUUUGUUAAGACAUCAUCGGAUUUGAGUUUCAUCAUGAAUAAUCUCAUAAAUGGAUAAGGCUAUAUUAUUUUGAUAAUAAAGGGGUUAUGGUUUGUUUUAGGAUAGAGAUGUCACCCAGAGUCUCGGCAUGUGAGUAGGUGUCCUUGGCCGAAAGAAAGUUGCUGCGGAACGUGCAUUUAUACUGACGAGCAAUAUAAACAUAACACCACAAGGUUUUGAAAGGAGCAACAAUAAAACAGAAGUACUGUCAGCAGUUUUUGAAUAACGAUGUCGAUAAAAUCUGGUGUGCCGAGGGGGACACUGGUGGAGAGACGGAGACAGCCGUUAUGUGAGGGUUGGGUGGAACACAGGGCACACACUAAGAGAGGCGUACGUUACCGGAAGUUGUAUAUGCUGCUCGAGCAGAACGUGAUCUGCACCUUCGAGAGGACGCCGCCCGGUAACCAGAAUCAACUUUGGAACUUGACGUUAGACAAAAGCACGACUUUCAAAUACCGAGGUCCCACUAAGGAUCACAGCGGCUACAAGUUCGAUCUAUUCGCUGGCGGACGCAACAAUACGUUUAAGACUGUCCGUCUGUCUGAGUUGGAGCAAUGGCGUGGAUACAUCAUUGGAAUUGUAACGCGAACUGUUCCUGUCGACCUGGAUCUGCUAGAGGACCAGAUUCGGCGGAUCGUGGUAAACGUGCGCGGUUACAACAGUGAAUCGGAUAGCGGUUAUAUCCCCGACAGGCCUGGACCGGGUGGUGGGUCGACGCGCACGGAAGUUUUCGCUCACAAUCGCAGCAUAGGGUCUGGUGAUUCCGGCAAAGGGAACAGCCUGAAGCUGGACAACAACGGACAGGUGGUUCACAGGUUCCACGCAGACAAAUUUGGGGAACAGACCCCGCCCAGCUGGUUUGUGACUCGCUGCUCAAGGGCAAUGGCCGAGACAGUGUUGCGGGCGGCUGAGCGGCUCGGAUACGGCAACACGCUGAUGAGGGAGAGCACCACGCACAUGAACAACGGAAGUUAUGCCAUCUCCAAACUCGUCAGGCACAAACGAACUAACGAUGUGCAGUUUGACCACUACGAAGUUAUACGGGUUGCCGGCGGCUACAAACUUAACGUUGAAAAUGAGCACGAGCCGAUGACGUGCCUGACAGAAGUGACGCACUACUUCCAACGCAUGUUCGGGCUGGACACAGAGCUGCUCACGACAAAUGACCGUCGGCAGCUGCAGGUGGAGGCCCAAGGGGAGCCCAGCUACGUCGACCGCUUCAGGCAGCACGAUCAUGGCGAACCCGAGCCAGACGGCCGCUGGGUUCCCUCGCCGAUGCCGCACAUGCAACACUCCUUGUCGGCGCCUGGCUACGUGAACCAGGAGAUAGAGCGAGAGGUGAAGGAUGCGCAGACACUAACAGGUGACCGCUGCGUUCCCUCACCGAUGCCGCACAUGCAACACUCCUUGUCGGCGCCUGGGUACGUGAACCAGGAGAAUGAGCGGGAGGUGAAGGAGGCGCGGACACUCCCGGUCGCCCCUCCCCCGCCCCGCGACCCCAUCGUGAAGGGUCGACCGCCUGCAUCGGCAGCACCGCAUACACCAGCCUCCCCUCGGGACGACAAACGCUCCCAGCUAGAACAGAGCCUAGCUAAUGUUACGCUCCGUAAAACUGGAUUUAAACCCACUUUGUCAGCAAGCCCACAACAACAACAACAACAACAACAACAACAACAACAACAGGCGUACAGACUAAACUUUUCUAAAUCAGUGCAUUCAGGGAUCAAAUCUCCUGACUCACCGAAUAAGAUCCCAGUAUCACAAACAAAUGUGACUAAGAGAAACGUCCCGCAGACUCACAAAGUGACUAACGUAGGUGUGCCUAGCGUCUCUUUCUCAACUGAUAAUGGAGAUUCCGGUGAAGACGGCCGGGCCAGUGGUGGAGUUAGCACGUUACUUGAAAGGUUCGAGAUGAAUGGCAAACCGCAGUCCUCGGGCGGCAAAAAACCUGUGGUCAAGAAAGACAAGAAGGUGCAGUUUCAACAACAGGAGCAGAGGUCUGUGGACAUUCCCAUGACCGGAAGUGUAGGUCGAUUGCACGAGCGGCGGCAGAGAGAGCCUGCCAUGUCUGCUCAGAAUAUCAAGCAGAGACUUGAAGGUCUCAACCCCGAGUUUAAGAGCAGGUUGGAGAACAUGAUCGGCGGAGCGCACACGGUGGCCGCGCCCCACAACUCCCGUCCGUCCAUACAGAACCAGAUCGCUUCCUCGGGGGCCGCCUCCCCGGUACGCUCGCUGCCGCCUACCCCACACGACGAACCAGAUGACCACAUCUACGAGGCGCUGCCAGACGAGGUCAUAUAUUACAACGACUCCGGUCACGGCAGCAUGUGAGCCCACGUGACAUAGACUGACUGAUUGGUAGACGUCACGCUUAAUCCACAACACAGGAAGACAUUGACAGACGCCCAUCACAAACAGUCGCCAACUAACACAGUUACAAAGCUUCAUAAUACCUUACUCAAACAAUAUGCAAGAGGUGAAGCACCAUUUAGAAGGAAAAAAAUCAGUUUGUACAAAGCCAUGAUAUAUAUUCCAUGGCAGUGGCAGAACAAACAGUUUUCAAACAAUUGGUCAGUAAUGUUUUUAUUGUGAUGAAAGUGCUGUUGUUGUUUAGCAUUUUGUAAACGAAAAAAUGGCCAUAUACUGUUCAGAAAAUACAAAAGUGUGUCUCAUGCAUGGCACAUUUCUUACGGUUUGUGCUAAUCUUGUCAUUUAUUUCCUCUAACAGUAGCAUUCGUCAUUCAACUUGUACGAAAGUACGAUAGCAAUCGAUGUCCUUCAAUUAAAUGCAUCCAUGCAUGAAUGUCGCAUUUCUUACCAACUUUAUAAAGCGUUUGUGACAUAUUGUUGUAAAUAGCUAAUUCAUUUGAUGUUUCAUUUACAGUUUUCAGAUAUUAAUAAACACUUAUUUAUUCUUUAAUUAAAAUACUAAAAGUGC